UUCUGGAAUCAAGAUAUUGUAUUGUUGACAUCCCACUGCCAACAAUUCCAACCAACUAAGUUACAUGGCUUGCAUGGAAAUGUGUACAAAGGCGCCAGCACCAGAGCCAUUGAUUUUAUUUAAACAUCCUCCCUCCUCUUCCGCCAUCGCGUCCUAAAUAGCUGACCAGAGCAGCGGGGAAGAUUGAAGAUUGUCCACACGACACGACCACCCAUAAAUGUACAGUAGUAUAGUAUGGUGGUGCAUAACUAACUACAUCUACAUUGCACAAUAUAUAUAUAUAUAUCUCUCUCUUCUAAGACAUCUCGCUCUUUUUGAUUCUCUCACUCUUUGCCAAGGUGCAGAAUACACACUCUCACUCCCUAUUAUAGAUAUAUAAAUUAUCCCCCGGCCACCGCGAGAAUACUAUCCCAGUCAGUCCAGUCCCACAGGGCUGAGCUAUUAAUAACUUAUUUACUUAACUUAGCCAUCGGGAACGAACCAAUUAGUUCGCUCACAAGGAGGAAGGAACUUGAGCCCUGAAUCCCCGAUGCGACUUCACCACCCUGCUCCCCGUCCCUUGUCCAACCACUUCCUCGUCCUCCUCCUCUGCGCUACCUUACAACUACUACUACUACACCUACUGCUAAUAUCGCCCGCAAAUGCCGCAACGGAUAUCGCCAAUACUAACUAUAACAACAUCUCCCAUGCCACUAGCAGCAUCGCACAGGAAAGUCUAGUGAAUCGCGAUGGGGACAUUCAGCGACGACUGGCUGGCCAGUCAAUGGCGGGUGUGAGGAAAAUGACGGACGACGAGGGGGAGAAGUUUUGGUUGGAUUUUUGGUAUUUCGAUGGCGAUGGCGAUGGCGAUGGCGAUGUUGUUGCUAGUGGUGGUGGUGGUGGCGAUGGGGGAAAUGUAGGACGGAAACAACAGCGUCCUCGCCGUACAGGACGGACGCUGAAUGAUGAAGAUUUUGGCAGAUUGACGGGCCGUGGUCUGGGGAAUGGCCCUGAUAAUCAUGAUGAGGUGGAUGUCUGGAUGAAUACCUCCAUAGAUUCAUCAUUAUCCCCACCGUUCCCAUUGCAUGGGAACAUGAAAUAUCAAGAAGACAGAGGGGGCGGAAGAGCAAUGUCAGUACCCCUCCUUGGCCGCUCUUUAUCGCGGUGGACGGCGAGGGGCCAAGACCUCAUAUUUGGGAAAAGAAGGUUUAAAUGCCCUCUUGAUACGGAACCAUGCACAUACAUCAACCGGCCGAAUAGCUGUUGUGGAAAGGGGAGCAAAUGUGUGUUUGUGAAGGACACGGGAUUGGGGGAUGUGGGAUGCUGCGGGGCGGGAGAGAGCUGUUCGGGCGAUUUAAACAUGUGUGCGUAUGGGUAUAGUCCCUGUCCUGAUAAUCCAGGGGGUGGGUGUUGUAUCCCGGGAUACUCGUGUGUGGAUCAGGGGUGCAUAUAUAUCUCAACAACAACCGUCACGGCAACCCCGCCGCCGCCACCAACACCGCCACCACCAUCUACAGAACCAAUGGACCCACCCGUCCGCCCAACCUCCAACCCCAUAACGACCAUCACCGCAUCCCCACCUACAACCCCAACCCCAACCCUAACCCCAACCAUAAUCGGUUGCCCCGUGGGGUUCUACGCCUGCAGCGCCAUCUACCACGGCGGCUGCUGCCGACCCGGCCGCGACUGCAACCCCACAUCCUGCCCCCCGAUCUCCUCAACCACAAUCGUGGAUGACAACGGCGCCACGGUCGUUAUCCCUGUUGAUCCUAGUGCAUCUGUGACCUUUCCUGGUGGCGACGGGGGGAGGAGGAGGUGUGCAGGGGGCUGGACGAGCUGUGCGGCUAGUGCGGGCGGCGGGUGUUGUCCGGAUGGGUUUGUUUGUGAGCAGAUUCGUUGUACGAUUUCAGCUGAAGGGCGGGGGACGGCGGUGGUUGGGAAGAUGGCGCCGGAGAAUGGGGCGGGGAGGGUGGUGGUAGUGGCUGGUGGUGGUUGGGUUUAUUUGAUGAUGCGGACUAUGGCGAUGAUGACGAUGAUGAUGACGAUGAUGUAAGGGGGGGCCAGGGGCCGUGAGUGAGUGGUGCUAAUCUGGUAAUGUUUCAUCUCUGUAAUUUUUGGCCUGUCAUUGAUGGCUUCUCUUGGACCUACUCUUUGGGAUGUUUUUGUAUACCAUUUUGUCUCUUCCUUUA